AUGCCUGAGCCCAAUGUUGAGUCUGACGCUGAAGGUGCACCCGAGGUUGUGACCGUCAAGCAAGAGAAGGACACUGCUGGGCCUUCUCGUCAUAAGCUGGCGAUUCCUUCGCCGCCACGUGGUCAUUUUGACAGGCCUCCCAAGUGUUCUAGCUUCGACGACUCUGACCCGGAUGACAUCAUGAUGCAGCACUUCCAUGCUGGCACCAUCGUUGUCCCGUCGACCAAGGUCCUCAAGCUGCACUCGUUGAAAGGCAAAGCUCGCACAAAGGGCUUCUCCAAGAAUGCAGCCAUGAAGCCAGAACUGACUCGCACUUCGCCAGCUGCCAUCGAGCCUUCUGCAGCCAGUAUGCAACUCGAGCAGAUGAUCGAGCUCUCAGAGAAUCAUGCCUUGAGGGCUCGCAAGUUGUGA